AUGUCCACCUCUCCCGCCAUUUCCCGUCUCCCACCUCUUCCCGCUCUCCGCGACUUCAUUCACAUGUACAAAUUGCAAGCCAAAAAAAUCCUGUCACAAAACUAUUUGAUGGAUAUGAAUAUAACGCGAAAAAUUGUGCGACAUGCAAAAGUUCGUGAAAAUGAUUGGGUUGUGGAAAUCGGUCCGGGACCCGGUGGAAUUACACGUGGAAUAUUGGAGAGUGGAUGUGGACGAUUGGAUGUUGUGGAGAUUGAUCGGAGGUUUAUUCCGCCGUUGGAAUAUGUGGCAGAAGCGGCGGGAGAAGGAAGGUUGAAUAUUCAUCAUGAGAAUGCGUUGAAAUGUGAUGUCGGAGAGUUUUGGCAGGUGGGUAAUUGGGGUUGUGAGGAUUUGGGAAAUUUUUUAUUUGUUACAUUUUUCGCCCCAAAAAUUCAGUAAGGUUACGAUAAAUUUUGUCCUAAAUGUUUCAAUUUUAUACGAAAGAAAUUCCCAAAUUUAAACACUGACUUUUCGCGCCAAAAAUCCAAUAAGAUUACUGUAGAUUUUGGAGCGAAAUUUUUGAAAUUCUAAAAUUUUCAAAAAAAAAAUGUUUUACGUCCAAAAUUCAAUAGAUUUUGGCGCCAAUGUUUUGAGUUUUGAUUUAAAUCUUUAAUGAAUUUUUUAAGAAAAAAUUCUCAAAAUUUCACAAAAUUUCAGCGCUCUAAAUUUCAAAUUCCCUCAUUUUUUCAGAACGAAGAACACCGUCCACCUUCGAUUCCUUGGAAAAAUGCCAAUUUACCAAAUAUGCAUAUAAUUGGAAAUUUGCCAUUUAACAUUGCUUCUCCAUUAGUUAUCAAAUAUUUAAAAGCAAUGUCAUAUCGAAGAGAAAUUUGGAAAUAUGGAAGAGUUCCGCUAACUUUGACUUUUCAAUUGGAGGUUGGUUUGAUCACGAAAAUUCUGUGUAUUAGAUUUCUAGACAAAAAUUUGGAAUUUUUAAUUUUCGAAUAAUUUUUCCCCGUUUUUUUGCAGGUCGCCAAACGUAUCUGUUCGCCAAUCGCCUGCUCAACCCGUUCGCGCAUCUCAAUAAUGUCACAAUACAUUUCCGAACCCGAAAUCGUCUUCAAAAUCCCCGGUUCUUGUUUUGUCCCAUCGCCAGAUGUUGAUGUUGGAGUUGUUCGAUUUGUUCCCCGAAAAACACCGCUGAUUAAAGCGCCUUUUGAAAUUAUUGAGAAAAUGUGUCGACAAGUUUUUCAUUAUCGACAAAAAUUUAUGAUUAAAGGUACAUACAAAUUUAAUUUUCGAAUAAAAAAAUUAUAAAGAAAAUUCUAAUUCUCAUCCCAUUUUCCAGGAUUGAAAACCUUGUAUCCAAAAGAACUGGAAAUGGAAUUAUCGCACGAACUAUUGAAAUCCUGUAGAAUUGAUCCAACUAUGACAUCGAUUUCUUUGGGAAUUGAACAGUUUGCCGAUUUAUCAGAGGGUUAUUAUGAGCAAUGCAAGAGGUUGGGCUUUUUAAAAUUUUAAACUUGCUUCCUGAGCUCUGAUCUCACAAGUUUUUUUUUUAUCAAAAAAUGACUCGUGGCAAAAUUAGGAAGGCUUCCUAAUUUUACCAUGGAUGAAGUCAUCGAUAAAUUUUUCAAAAAAAAAAAAAUAUUUAAAUUUGAAAAUUUAAAUUUUCUCCAAAUCGCCUAUUUUUUUCCAGAAUUCCCGGCUUGUUUCACUACGAUUACACUCGUCCAAAAAUAACCAUCGAAAAUUUGUCCCAAAAACCAAUGCCCGAAAUGAUCGAAUUUCUCGAUGAAAAAGAACAGGAAAAUAAUGUUGAGGCCGAAAAAUGGUCAUUGAAAGAUUUCACUGUUUCAUAA